AUGAUUGGCGGGCUGAGUAACUACCGCAAGGCGCUCCAUCACCUGAGCAACCUCGACGCAGAGUUGAAGCUCGUCAUCGCCGGCAACCACGACAUCUCACUGGAUCCGAAGUGGUGGGCUGAAAACCUCGAUGAAGAGGAGGGUGACGACCCAGAAGAGCCAGUCAAGUCCAGACAGCUGUUCGACGACGAAAGACAGCGCGGCGUUCACCUCCUUGAUGAAGGGCUCCACACCUUUACACUAGGCGACGGCAGGUCAUUCAAAGUCUUUGCGUCCCCCUUCACACCCGAGUGUGGCGGCUACGCGUUCUCUUACCCCCGGGACGAGAACCACCAUCCCGGAGGGUGUCGACAUUGUGAUGACACACGGGCCGCCGCUGCCGACAUCUACGUUGUCUUCUUCCUCCGCAGCCUACCAUCUUGA